UUGUAUUUAUUUCACCUUUAUUUAACCAGGUAGGCUAGUUGAGAACAAGCCAUACGAGGGUAUGUUUGGCAGCAUGCGUAAAGGAUGCUUUGUUGCGAAAUAGGAAGCCGAUUCUAGAUUACAUUUUGGAUUGGAGAUGCUUAAUGUGAGUCUGGAAUGAGAGUUUACAGUCUGGCCAGACAUCUAGAUAUUUGUAGUUGUCCACAUACUCUGAGUCAGAACCGUCCAGACUAGUGAUGCUGGACGGGCGUGCAGGUGCGGGCAGCGAUCAGUUGAAGAGCAUGCAUUUCGUUUUACUUGCAUUUAAGAGCAGUUGGAGGCCACGGAAGGAGACUUGUAUGGCAUUGAAGCUCGUCUGGAGGUUUAAAGGUGACUGGUGUCAUAGUGUGUGAAAACAGUCAAGAAAAAACACUUCACUCACCCGAAGAGAAAGAAAUGACAAGUGACACUACAGUAACCUUUCUUAUAAUGAAGAAAGAAGGCUUUGGUGUAUUUGCAAAAUCAACCUAUCUAAUUAUUUUACAUCAGACUUAUGUCAUAAAAAAUGACUAUCAUCUUGCCGUUUGUCAUUAAAUAUGUAAUUAUUAAUCUUGAGUGCAUCAGUCGUAGUAAUCUUCCACCAUUGUAGUUCAGCACUCCCCUGUCCCCACCUGGCCCUUGAACCCCCUCCCCUCCCUAUCCAUCCCCAUACUGCGGCCUGGGAACCAGGCAUGGGUCUGCCACUGAUGCCGUUAAUGGGGAGAUUGGAGGAGAGAGUAAUGAGGGAGUUGCUGUGUUGGUGCAUGAGGCACGACAUCCGCCCGACUGAGCGUGUCUGGGAUUUGAUGUCACCUGAGUCAGCUCUCCAUACUCAUCCUGAGGUGCGUGCUAGCCGUCUGGUGAAGAGUGUGCCAGCCCCACGCACCAGGCCUCCUGUGCGCCUCCCUAGCCCUGCACAUCCUGUGCCAGCUCGGCGCUACAGCUCUCCAAGACGUGCUUACCGUGGCGGGCGUCGUACUGGUCAGGCACCGUGUUAUGCGGUGGAGCGCACGGUGUCCCCAGUACGCGUUCUUAGCCCAGUGCGCUACAUCCCAGCUCCCCGCAUCUGCCGGGGUAAAAUCACCAUCCAGCCAGGACGGGUUGUGCAGGCCCUUAGUUUGAGACCUCCAGUGCGCCUCCUCCGAGGACCAGGCUGUCUCUCCGUCUCCUCCCUCCAGAGUCUCCCUCCUGUCACUCCGGCGCUGCCAGAGUCUCCCUCCUGUCACUCCGGCGCUGCCAGAGUCUCCCUCCUGUCACUCCGGCGCUGCCAGAGUCUCCCUCCUGUCACUCCGGCGCUGCCAGAGUCUCCCUCCUGUCACUCCGGCGCUGCCAGAGUCUCCCUCCUGUCACUCCGGCGCUGCCAGAGUCUCCCUCCUGUCACUCCGGCGCUGCCAGAGUCUCCCUCCUGUCACUCCGGCGCUGCCAGAGUCUCCCUCCUGUCACUCCGGCGCUGCCAGAGUCUCCCUCCUGUCACUCCGGCGCUGCCAGAGUCUCCCUCCCUUCACUCCAGCGCUGCCAGAGUCGCCCUUCACUCCGGUCUAUUCGGGGCCCGCUGCAAGGGGGGGUACUGUCACGUCCUGAUCUUGGUUCCUUUUUUAUGUCUCUAUGUUAGUUUGGUCGGGCGUGAGUUGGGGUGGGCAUUCUAUGUUUUGUGUUCAAUGUUUUCUAUUUCUAUGUGUUUGGCCUGGUAUGGUUCCCAAUCAGAGGCAGCUGGCAAUUGUUGUCUCUGAUUGAGAACCAUACUUGGGCAGCCUGUUUUUCCCACUUGAGUUGUGGGUCCUUGUUUUCUGUCUCUGUCUCUACCAGACAGGACUGUUUCGGUUGUUCUAUUGUUUACUUUGUGUUUCAGUGUUCAGUUAUUGAAUAAAUUUAAC